UUCCCAUGAUGCACCUGUGGUCCUCUCUCGCGCCUUUGCCUCGCGGCAGUCCAUCUUACCUCGCGCAUCGCUGCGGUCUUCUCUGCUCGCGCGCCCUCCGUGUUGUUGUCGUGAAUAAUGGCGGCCUCGGGAGGCGGAUUAACUUCUUCUUCCACCGCGGCGGGCUUCGGCACACAAGCUCCGCCGGCGAAAGCCCGUUUUCCGGGCCGGCCGUGCACAACUCGCAGCAAGCUGCGGUCGGAAAAACGGACUAGACGCGGAAGAUUAGGCUUUGACCACGGCGAUGUGGCUGCUGGAGGGCCGAGGCCCGUAAACAUCGGCCUCGCGUUAAGCGAGGAUCCGUCCCUGCUGCGCUUGCUCGGGGUGGUGGAGAAGCAUAUGCGGCAGAGAGAUGUGGGCUUCGAUUCUAGCAACAGCGAGGAGGAGGAAGACUUCUCUGGAUUUGGAGCCACCAGAGUCCAUCAGCGGAAAACCGUCGCCGCCCUUCGGAGAGGUCAAGCUAAACCACCACCGGCGUCAGAACAUUUACCAGGAGCAAAGGCUGGUCUUAGAAAGGUUAUUCCCAAAACCCCUAAACCCGGACUUAUUGGGAAAAUAGUACCAAGGCUUCCCAAAGACGGACAGGACGGUAAAGAGAGCCAAGUGAACCGGAGAGAAACGGCGAAGGCUGCAAGUGAAGACGAUGACGAGCAGGAGGCGCUCACUGAAGGAGCUGGACAUGCCGGCUCACAGCCAUGCACUACACCUGCGGGUGGGGACACAGCAGGACCGGCCCGUUCAGGGAGCAAGCAGAACCAAAAAGUUAGCAUGAAGCUAAAAGCAUCGGGAGUUACAGAGGAAACUAGGGGAACAAUCCUGGAGGGAAACAAGUCGCUGAAAGAGCCGGACUCCAACGCCACUCUGAAAGCUGUGAAGCGCACCGGCGCUUUCCGGGGAGGUCACUCCAGCCGCACGUCCCGAGCGGUCGCUCUGUCUUUUACGUCCUUUAGUAAACGACGAAGGAGGAGGAUGGGCAAAGGCAUGGGAGCCUCCCCGGAGGCUGGAGCCGAGGCGGGAACCCCGAGAGGAGAAGAAGCUGCCAUGCCGCUCGACUCCACCGCCGAGACUUCCGGUAAACGACAGAAGAGAGGCUCUUUGUUCGGCUACAGAAAGCCUCCCAUAGAAAUGCCCGGACCGGCACAGGUUCACACGAGGAGAGUUUUCUCCACGCACGUCUCAGAAGCCCCUCCCACAUCCCAGCCGGAGGAGAAUCAGCUGCAGAUCCUGAUGAAGAAGUCACAAGAUGAUCCAAAGCUGGCUACAGAGCAGAUGCAGCAGAGCUCCACCACUUCCUCCACAACCGUAACAUCGGGACGGUCUUCCCGGGUUAUUAAAACUCCAAAGAGGUUCUUGGAUGAGGAGAUGAUCCCAUUCCCUAAAGGCUCCCUGUCAACAUGGCUGAAGAGCCAACAAAGAGACGAGGGAAAACCAUCAGAGUCCCAGUACGAACGCCACGACAGCGAAGCCUUUCUCGACAGCUCGUCCAGCGUGUCGAAGAUCUCAUCCGUGAGUCCGGGGACCAGCCACGUGGAGAUUUACAAGAACCUGAAGAAACUGACCCUAAAGCUGGCAGAGAAGAAGAGAGGCCAUUCGGACAGUCCGGAGGACUUCCCCGACCACGACGACCACCUCAACUCUUACGUCAGGAAGAAGCAGAGACCCAAGAUCACCAUGGAGGAACUGGACUCCCCCGGAGUCGUCCGAAAGCUGGCAGUGGUUGUGAACGCUGGCGCCGAAGCCCCCCCACCAGACCCCGCCGAAGGAUCGACCAUUGAAGGAAAGCAUGCGAGCGGAGACAGAAGCGAGGCGGUGGAGGUCAGCGGUCCCAGCUACCGAAUCGGUCUGAGUGGAGCGAACAGACGGAUGCUGCACCUGCUGAAGAAAGCCAAGGUCCAGCUCAUCAAGAUUGACCAGCAGAAGCAGCUCAAGCUGUCACAGUUGAGCUCUUGUGAAACCCAAGUUCCAGUGAGUGGGAGGAGGAGGAGAAGGAGGAGGAGGAGGGCUGGAGGAGAAGCUGCUCCACAGGAACAGCCGCUUGGCGGUCCCCGCAUCAAACACGUGUGUCGAGCUGCAGCGGUGGCGCUGGGGCAGCCCCGCGCCAUGGUGCCAGACGACAUCCCCCGGCUGAGCGCCCUGCCGCUUCAUGAGAGGGAAGGCAUCACUUUUUCCCCGGCAACAGAGGAUGUGGCAGAUGAUGAUGACCUCUUUGAUCAGAGCAGAGCCCAGUGGGUUGUCUCUCAAGAAAGCAUCCAGCGCAAGAGGCGGCUCGGUAGACGCUUCAAGAGAAGGAAAAUACUGAGUCAGUACAUACCUGGAGGCAUACGCUCCCGGCGCUGCGGGGUCUGCCAGGGCUGCCAGGUGCUGGAGGACUGUGGAAGGUGCGUCAACUGCCUGGACAAGCCCAAGUUUGGAGGCCCCAACACCAAGAGACAGUGCUGCAUAUACAGACGGUGUGAUCGGAUUGAAGAAGCAAAGCUCCAUCGGAACGGAAAAUCACUGAAAGUCCGGCCACGGUCUGACUCAUGGUCCGACUCGCUGAAGCCCUCGACCGGACUGGUAAUCAGGAAACGGUCUCUGCGAAAGAUCAAGCGCCGCUCCUUCAGCAAUCUGCUCAAGUCUGAGUCUGAUGAGGAAAAGGAGGAGCAAUCCAACGCAGCUGCUUCUUCUAAUCAAGACGGCUCUCUUCAAAGCGGCGUUCCUCUGCUGGACGAGCAGGCGGAGGCGGGAAAACAUCGCAGGUUGUUGUGCAGAUUUCCUGGCAGUAAACAGAAAGCUUACAAGACUCCUGCAGAGUGUGCAUCCGUGAACACCCUGACGGGGUUAAGUAACGGCUUUAACCAAAAGGGCCUUUUGCAGAACAAGCUCAAGAUCCGAGUCGACUUUAAGGAGGACUGUGGCGUGCAGAACGUCUGGCUCAUGGGGGGUCUCAGCGUUCUCGCCUCCGUCCCUACAACUCCUCAGCCCGUCUGUCUUCUGUGUGCCAGUAAAGGCCGGCAUGAGAUGAUUUUCUGCCAGAUCUGCUGUGAACCAUUUCACAGUUUCUGCCUCACUCCAGAGGAGUGCCCCCAGGAGGACUCCAAGGAGAACUGGUGUUGUCGACGCUGCAAAUUUUGUCACGUUUGUGGCCGGAGAAGUAAGAGCGCAAAGCCGGUGCUGCAGUGCCGCAGGUGUCAGACCUGCUAUCACCCGUCCUGCUUGGGACCGACGUACCCCAAACCUGUCAACUGUGACUUGCCCUGGGUGUGCAUGACCUGCAUUCGCUGUAAAAGCUGUGGCGUGACCCCGGGAAAGACCUGGGAUCUGGCCUGGAACCACGAGGAGGAUCUCUGCCCAGAAUGCAGCGUUCUCAACAAGAAAGGUCAUUUCUGCACCGUCUGUCAUAAGUGUUAUGAGGACCCGCCGCUGCACAUGAUCCAGUGUUCUGACUGCAAACACUGGAUCCAUCCCAAAUGUGAAGGACUCUCGGAGGAGCUCUUUGGACUCCUGUCGACUCAGCCGGACUCGGCGUUCAGCUGCUCCCCUUGCAGAGGAGCCGAGGACAGCUCCUUGAAGACGGGCCUGCAGGCCAAGCUGCUGGCUGGGCUGGAGGAGGUGCUCACGGACCUCCUCUCCUCCAGCAGCACGCAGCACCUCCUGCUCUGUGAAGCGUGUGUGGAAGCAGCAGGAGUGGAGAGGGAGCAGAAGUCCAUCUGUGACCUGCAGGCUGUACAGCACAAGCUCAAAGGGGGGGGCUACACGUCCAUAAAAGCGUUCCACGCUGACGUUGCUGCUGUGAUGAGGAGAAGACUGAAGGAGGAAGAACUUCUUCCUGAGGACCAGAGACCAACUCCUCAGGCUCGGGCUCAUUACAUCCAGGUGAUGAAGAGAGUCUUCAGCUGGUUUCCUGCUUGCUAUUUUAAAAAGUGGAGUUCCUUCUCUGAAGAAUUUCCCAGCGGCAUGCUCCCCGAUGCGGUCCUGCCGCCGUCUCAGGAGCACAGCUACGCCCAGUGGCUGGAGCGGACGUACCAGGCCAGAGAGGCUAGAGCGCCGCAGGGCGACGGCGUGCUGCCGGCGGUCAGAGCGUGGCAGCCCGGAUCCCCUCACGUCCUUCCUCUAUACCAGCAAGAGUCCAUGAAGACGGGAGACGUGAGGCACUGCGUCCUGUGCCAGCAGUACGGAGACUCUCCCACCGCGGACGCGGGCCGGCUGCUGUACCUGGGUCAGAACGAGUGGGCGCACGUCAACUGCUGCCUGUGGUCUGCAGAGGUCUACGAGCAGAACGGCGCGCUGCUGCAGGUGCACAGUGCGGUCUCCAGGGGGCGCCAUUUGCGCUGUGACCGCUGUGGGCAGUCGGGAGCCACGGUGGGCUGCUGCCUCGCCACCUGCCAGAGUAACUUCCACUUCAUGUGCGCUCGCGCUGAAAACUGCGUGUUCCAGGAGGACAGGAAGGUGUACUGCUGCAUGCACCGGGAGCUGGUCAGCACCAAGGUGGUGUCGGGGGCGGGCUUUGAAGUGCGGCGCCGCGCGUAUGUGGACUUUGAGGGGAUCAAUCUCAGGAGGAAGUUCCUCACAGGCCUGGAGCCAGAAACCAUCACCAUGACCAUCGGUUCGCUGCAGAUUCAGAAACUGGGAGUUCUGUCAGAAUUAUCUUCCAACGGUCGGAUGCUGUAUCCUGUGGGAUAUCAAUGUUCCCGGUUGUACUGGAGCACCGUCGAUCCCCGGAGACGCUGUAAAUACACCUGCAAGGUGACGGAGGUCAGCACCCCCCUCCCCGGCGAGGAGCAGGACCUCAGAUGGGACAGAGAGCAGAACCACACCAUCGUCCACAGUCCCUGUCAGGACUUCACAGACAUGCCGUCUCCGGAGUGUUUAAGCUCCUCCCCCAGCCCGCUAAAGUCCACCACGCCAUCGCCCAACGCCAAAGUCAGCACCACGCCUGGACCCAGAAGUCCCGGUUACUCUCACACCAGGAGGCCUGCCGGCGGCUCGUCCCGCCCCCUCCCAUCUCCAGGGUCGGCUCCUCAGAAACCUCACCCCAUCCUGACCCUCCGGGACCUGGAGGACACCCGCCGCCCCCGCCGGCUCUCCUCACGGAGCCGCUGCAGCUCCUCCCCGACAGAGAGCGAUCCGCCCGUCCCCAUGAGCCUCCGCCCCGCCGCCCCCCCCAGGUGCAGCCUGUUCAACUCCCCCCCAAGACUGUCAACCGUGGGAGCAGCAUCUCCUCCUCUCUCCAGACAGAACUCCUUAUCUCCGGUUUGGAGCUCCCCGCCGCGCUCCGGCUCCAGCCUCCCUGCAGGUCAGGCGGCGCUCGCGCACUCCCCCAGAGGACGGCAGAACUUUAAGAUCACCACGCCGGUGUCUGCAGAGGUUCCUCAGGACUUCCUGGCCUCGUCCGAGACGGAGGACGCUGCCGUGGCAACGACCAAUGGGAUCUCUCUGUCCCCCGACAACCUGGAGGAGGAGGUGGCCCAGCUGAUGUCGCAGGAGCUGCCGUGCACCGUGUUCGACACCGACACCGAGGUGGCCGUGGCCUCCAUGCUGAACGCCAAGCUGGAGUUUGAUGACACCUUCCUCUCCGAGAACGUGGCGCUGAACUGCGGGACUCCUGGCGCCAGAGGAGAGGCGGCGGACGGCGGUUUGCAGAAAGAGCUGGGCGCCGGCGGCUCGGAGGAUGAAGACUCCGCCCGCUACCUGAAGUUUUCACGGACGGUGGUGUGCGACGCCGCCGGAGGCUCCGGUUCUUCCGCUCCGGCACCGGCAGCCCCGUCCAUCUCCCAGCUGGACGGGGCGGACAGCGGGUCGGAGGACGACGACGGCGAGGGGAGCGACGAACAGGUCAGAAGCCCCGCCUGUCGGAACACGCCCACAAAAAAGCUAACCAUCGCCCUGAAGCGGCUGGAGUCCAUCUUUAGCUCGUCGAAGCCGAGCACGGUCCCACAGACAGAGGCGGAGCUUCAGGAAGGCUCCUCCUCCCCUGACCUGCUGGAGUCGGGGUUGUCCCACAGCGAGCUGACUUUGCACAACGAGGAGGUCUCCUCCCAGAACGACCUGAUUCUGUCCUCAGAAACGGGUCAUUUUGUCUCCUCUGAGGAGGUUUCCACGGAGCGGCCGAGGGCCGGCGCCGACCCGGAAAAAGACAACGACAGUUCGUCAGGAGAGUCCGUGGGAGGGUUUCAGGAUGACGUCAACGAUCCGGAUUACUCCCCACAGCCUCUGACCAAGAAGAGUCCCAUCAAAACCUUCAGCGUGAAGGCCAGACCGCCGCUGGCGCCCGCCCCCGCCGUCGGGCUGCCGAGGGACUGCUUUAGGCCCAAACUCAUUCUGCCUCUGCCACGGCGACCCGAGCCCGCCCUGGCAAGCAGACCCGCCUCUUCUCCCGCUGCGGCGUUCUGUUCGGUCCCUCGACCCGUCACCUCCCCCAUCGUCAUCAACGGGUUGAAUACUUUACCCGUUCAAGCCAAAACCAUCGCCGUCCGCCUGGAAAACGCCAAACCUCAAGCUCAGUUCCCACCAAACCCAGCGGCCAACUCGGCGGCGCCUCAGGCUCCGGCACGCCAGGUCCUGCUGGUCAACCGCCACGGCCAGAUUCUGGUCAAAGACCCGCGGUCCAACACCUUCCAGCAGCUUCCCGCGUCCUCCCCCAGCUACCAAAGAAUCAGCAGCAUCGCCAAGAUCCUCCACCGAGACGGCGGCGUGCAGGCCUCGGUCCCCCGGGUCAUCCUGAAGACCGGCCCCAGCCAGCCCGCCGUUACCGUCGCUGCAGCGCCCAACCACGGCGCCGCCGAGAAGAAGAUCAUUUACAGGAUGGUUCCCAUCAAGAGCGCCCCCACCCCAGCUGCUCCGCUCGCCGCGCAGACGCUUCUCCAGCCGGCGUCCUCUGCUCUGAGAGACGGUGCCGCUCGGGUUAUAAUCAACAGAACCGCGGUCUCUCACGGCGACGCGGCGAGGCCCAAACCCAUCAUCCUCAGCAGCACGCCGCAGCUCACCUCCAGAAUUCUUUUGUCCCCCCGGACUGCACCUGCAGAGGACUCACCUGAGCCGAGCGGGGACGACGGCGGCCGGCAGCAGGCCCGGGUGAAGAGAGUGUCCUCCAUGACGGAGAGGGCGAGCAGGAAGAAGGCCCGGAUGGACUUCCUGAAGGAUCCGGAAGAUUCUGAGGAACCUCAGGAGAGCAGAACCGGCGGGAUCAGGAUGAAAGCGCCCACCACUAAGGAAGUUCUGAACCUGGAUCAGGAGAAGAAAAGCGGGUCACUGAAGACGCCGGCUCCUCCUUCUCCCUGCAGGGUUUCUCGGGCUGAGAGUUCGCCUGCCGCUGAACCGAGCAGCGCUCAGCCGCAGGUCAAGACCCACACGUGGAUCAGCGCUCGCCAUGGAGACCUCUCUGAGUGGGGGCCGUGUACAGGCUUCAGCUCUGAGGAGGACGCUCCUGCGUCCAAACACCGGAAGACGUACAUGAACCAGCCUCACCUGCGCUUCGAGAUCACCAGUGAGGACGGCUUCAGCGUGAAGGCCAACAGCAUCGAGGUGGCGUGGCGCGCCGUGGUCGACGGCGUCUUCGAGGCCCGGGCGGCCUUCCACCUGAAGCAGCUCCCGCUGGGCGUGAUGAGCGGGCCGCGCGUGCUGGGCGUGGUGCACGACGCCGUCCUCUUCCUGCUGGAGCAGCUGCAGGGCGCGGCCGACUGCAAACGCCACCGCUUCCGUUUCCACCACUGCGACCGCGUGGAGGAGGAGCUGCCCGUCAAUCCCAGCGGCUGCGCGCGGGCGGAAGUCUACUCACGGAAGGCCACCUUCGACAUGUUCAACUUCCUGGCGUCUCAGCACCGAGAGCUUCCUGACUUCAUCGGCCCGUUCGAGGAGGAUGACGAUGAAUUCCCUCUGAAGGCCUCCAGGCGAGCCACCAGCACUGAGCUGCCCAUGGCCAUGAGGUUCCGACACCUGGAGAAGACCUCCAAGGAGGCGGUGGGAGUGUACAGAUCUCUGAUCCACGGCCGCGGACUUUUCUGCAAGAGGAACAUCGAGGCUGGAGAGAUGGUGAUCGAGUACGCCGGCACGGUCAUCCGCGCCGUCCUGACCGACAAGAGGGAGAAGUUUUAUGAUGGAAAGGGCAUCGGCUGUUACAUGUUCCGCAUCGACGACUUUGACGUGGUGGACGCCACCAUGCAAGGCAACGCCGCCCGCUUCAUCAACCACUCGUGCGAGCCCAACUGCUACUCCCGCGUCAUCAACGUGGACGGCCGCAAGCACAUCGUCAUCUUCGCCCUGAGGAAGAUCUACCGGGGGGAGGAGCUAACCUACGACUACAAGUUCCCCAUCGAGGACGAAGACAACAAGCUGCACUGCAACUGCGGCACUCGCCGAUGCCGCCGCUUCCUGAACUGAAGCUACGGCAGAGUGCAUUCUGGGAGAUGAAGACGAGUGAAGACAGCGAUCUUCUUCACGGCUGCAGUUGGAACUGAAACAAACCAGAUCCCAGCCAGAAGUGAGGAUCCUCCCCCUCAUGGAGGUGUGUCUCCAUGUAAAGGGGGAGGAGCAUCCUCCUCAUGGAGAGGGAGGAGCAUCCUCCUGCCUCUCCUGUCCAGCUGCUGCAGCUCCUCCUCUUGUUUGAGUCUCCGUCUGUUUUCCACCUUCAGUCUUUUCUCUGUCGGCUUUUAUCUGAUUCUCGGUCCGUUCUCCUUCAGCCCUCCGUUAUUUUUUAACUUGAGUGUGUUUUAAAGCCUCAGGGGGAGGGGCUCACUUUGCCCCGCCCCUUUAAGUUUUUUUGUAUAUUUAAACAAUAAAUGUGCAUUUCCAAAUAAAUGUCUUUGAGCUUUUAAACAGAAGUUAACGCCGACUGUCUCGUUUCUGUCGGCUGGUUGGAACCCCUCUUACCUGUCACAGGUGAGGGGGCGGGGCAUAGUUCAGCAUUCAGAUGCGUUCUGGCAGAAGGAACCGGAGGGAGGAGGGUCCUAACGGCGCCUCCUGAGACGUUCCUGCAGUUCCUGACCUGUAAAUAGUUGUACAGACUUUCUAAACCUGUUGGAUAUUUUUUUUACGUCACUUUUCUAAAUUAUGUUCAGUCAGAAUUUUGUCCUGCCGGUUUUUUACAGUUCAGAUUGUAUUUAAUAAAUGAACUUAACAAA